GGCACAUAACGGUCAUGUGAUCUUCUACUCCUGCGCGAACUGGGCUAAACCCCUCAGAGAGGAGGCAGUGGAUUCAUCCGCUGUGUGUGUACUGAAUCACGGCCAUGCCUUGUGUUUUGCUGAACCUCUGUGAAUAUGAUACGCAAAAACUUGUCAAAAUCAAGAGCGUCAAACUUGGCUCACUGAAAUGGACAUUAAAUGGAGUUAUCUUGAUGUUCAUUUGUAUAAUGCUUUUAUGGAAUAAAGAAUAUCAGCAGUAUGACCUCGUAGUGAGUUCAGUCACUACAAAAGUCAAAGGAGUGGUAAAAACAAAUAUUCCAGACAUUGGUGAAGUUGUGUGGGAUGUGGUGGACUACAGCGGACCGUCUCAGGGAAAAAACUCAUUUUUUGUGGCAACAAAUGUAAUAGUUACAAAAAAUCAAAAACAAGGUAUUUGUCCAGAGGUUCCACCAUCCGGGAAACAGUGUCGGACAGAUAAAGAUUGUGAGAAAGGAUUUUCAGACCAGUAUAGCCAUGGUAUUCAAACAGGAGCUUGUGUGAAGUUUGAAGGAUUGAAGAAAACAUGUGAAGUUUCUGCUUGGUGCCCCAUUGAGAACAAGAAGAGACCCAGACCUGCUCUGUUGGCAUCUGCAGAAAAUUUCACAGUGCUAAUCAAGAAUAACAUCAGAUUUCCAGCCUUCAAUUACAUAAGAAGAAACAUCUUAAUGAACGAAACUGAUCUAAAAGGUUGCAUCUAUAACAAGUACACAAAUCCAUACUGUCCCAUUUUCCGGCUGGGAGAUAUUGUGAGUGAGGCCAAGGAGAACUUUGGAGAUAUGGCAUUGGAGGGAGGUGUCAUUGGUGUACAGAUCAACUGGGACUGUGAUUUAAACAGCAUUUUUCACAACUGUGUGCCCAAAUACUCGUUCCGCCGAUUGGAUGAGAAAGAAAGCAACCGUACUCUGUACCCUGGGCUUAACUUCAGGUUUGCAAGUUAUUCAACUGUAAAUGGUGUGGAGCAGAGGACCCUAAUUAAAAUGUAUGGCAUCAGGUUUGAUGUCAUGGUGUUUGGAAAGGCUGGGAAGUUCAGCAUCAUUCAGCUUAUCAUCUACAUCGGAUCAACGCUCUCCUAUUACGCUCUUACGACAGUCUUUCUUGACUGGCUUAUUGGGACGGGCUGUUACUCUAAAGAGGCAAAACAGAACUACACAGAGAAGAAGUUUGAGUCAGUACAGGACCGAGAAGAGUGCUUCCUUUGUGUGUCAUUUGUGGAUGAAAACAAUUUAAGGGUGGUAAAAAAAUCCAGAAAGAAAACUCUACAGCAGACAAGACCUCUUUCUCUACAUCAGCGCAAGAAUGAUUUGGCCAGCAUGAGGACUCUGAUUGGUGUUCUGCAGUGUGGACCAAGCAGAAGUCUCCCUGUACAAAAUGGGCAAAGCGACGUGCUUCCCAAAAGCACAGAAACACCAUUACUGGAAAAGCCUCAGUCUGGGUGUCAGGCCUGGUGUCAGUGCGGCUGUUGUCAGCCCUCUGCGUCCCUGCACGAACAGCUGUGCUGUCGAUUGAGUAAAGGCCGCUGCAUAACUUCCUCCCCACUUUUCUCUAAACUGAUCCUCAAUCAGUCCGUUCUGGAGACUGCUUUGUUCUAUGUGGAUCCUCUAGCGGAGCUGCACGAGGGGACUCAACUCCGCCACGGGGCUUACGCUCAAUUCAUUAGAUGGCGGUUUGGUGACAUCACACCCAGGGAUGCUGUACCAGUAAUACCCAGUUGCUGCGUCUGGAGGAUAAGGGCAGAAUACCCCAGCCCUGAUGGCAAAUAUAGUGGCCUAAGACUUCAUCAGGCCAUGUCCUCCUUUCAAGCAGAGGUCAAUGCACAAACAUAAUCAAAAGUUUUUUUUAAAAGGACAAUCAAUCAGAAUGUUAAUGCCUUAUGACUCUGCUAACAGCUGCUGCUAACUACAAUCAAUAAUACACAAGUCUUUUUUUACAAUUGUUACCUAUAAUCAACUACAUAAUGAACCAUAUUAACCACAAGCAAUUCAGAAAAAAAACAGAUGUCAGACAUUUUACUACCAUAGAUGCCUUACAACUAAAGAAACAUCAAGAGCUUAAGCAUGUAUCAGCCAUUUGAUUCAUUAAUCAUAAGUGUUGCUAAACAUGGGUACACUGAUAUAUUAUGUAUCCGUAAAGUGAAAUCUAUACAGUUCAUGAAUAUAAUGAAACAUGAGGUAGGACAGCAGAAAAAAAUUAUGUGUUUAUUCCACUGAAACAUCAGAUUCAUUUUAAUCUGUCUCAUGUACUGUGACUAUGAAUAAAUACAUUUAACAAUAAUAUUAAAUGUAUUUAAACAUAAAAAUAAAGUUUUAUGUCAUAUGACUGGUACUCAAUAGUGGCAGACCACUGUCACUUUUUUUUUGUACAGUACAAGAUAGCAUAAACAAGUCUCAACAGCACUCGCCUGCGAGACGGUAAGAAACAAGUAUAUGCUAGAAUAAAUGCUAUUUCUUUUGGUGAGCAGGUCACUAUAAAUAAAAAUCCAGUGAUUACCAAACUAAGAAAGGCCCCGAGAUUUACAAAGACUGACGCAAUGCUGAAUUUACCAACCUUAAAAUAAAACAUCAAAUUGAAUUACAGAGAAUCGGACACUUGGGCCUUAAUUUAAAUUAAUUGUUAUAAAUAACUUUUAGACACCAACAGACCAAAGUAGCUAAAAAUUACAUCAAAAUGAAUUUCGUAAGCCUUUAUCCGUGUGUGUCCCGGUUUUAAAAUUUUCACCAGUUUCAAAAAAAUUGCAUAAUUUAAUUUCACCAGUUUUAAAAUAUUUGCAAACCAUUGGAAAAUAAUUAAAAUGACUAAAGUGACUAAAUUUAUCUAAAAUUAUAAAUGAAAAUGUUUAAUUUUACCAGAAAAUAUUA